UUGUGGCCAAUGCUGUUCUGUUUGCCAGCGUGAAUAUGUCUGGGGUGUUUGUGAGGAUCCUGACAGAGAGAGCCCAGAGGAAAGCCUUUCUUCAGGCGAGGAACUGCAUCGAGGAGCGCCUCCGCCUGGAGGAUGAAAAUGAAAAACAGGAAAGACUUCUAAUGAGCCUAUUACCCAGAAAUGUAGCUAUGGAAAUGAAAGAAGAUUUCCUCAAACCUCCAGAAAGGAUAUUUCAUAAAAUAUACAUCCAAAGACAUGACAAUGUCAGCAUUCUGUUUGCUGAUAUAGUAGGCUUCACCAGUUUGGCAUCACAGUGCACCGCACAGGAACUAGUAAAACUUUUAAAUGAACUUUUUGGCAAGUUCGAUGAGCUGGCCACGGAGAACCACUGUCGAAGAAUUAAAAUCCUUGGAGAUUGCUAUUAUUGUGUAUCAGGUCUCACUCAGCCGAAAACAGACCACGCUCAUUGCUGUGUUGAAAUGGGAUUAGAUAUGAUUGAUACAAUCACGUCUGUGGCUGAAGCCACCGAAGUUGAUCUUAACAUGCGUGUGGGCCUGCACACAGGAAGAGUGUUGUGUGGGGUCCUUGGUCUCCGCAAGUGGCAGUAUGAUGUGUGGUCCAAUGAUGUAACCUUGGCUAAUGUAAUGGAAACCGGUGGUUUACCUGGAAAGGUUCAUAUAACAAAGACCACCUUGGAGUGCCUGAAUGGAGAUUAUGAAGUUGAAGCAGGAUAUGGGCAUGAGAGAAACAGUUUCCUUAAAAAGCAUAACAUUGAAACCUUCUUCAUUGUGCCCUCUCAUCGAAGGAAAAUAUUUCCAGGCUUGAUCCUUUCAGACAUAAAGCCAGCAAAGAGGAUGAAAUUUAAAACAGUGUGCUACUUACUAGUCCAACUCAUGCACUGUCGAAAGAUGUUCAAAGCCGAAAUCCCUUUUUCCAAUGUGAUGACAUGUGAAGAUGAUGACAAGAGAAGAGCACUGAGGACAGCAUCUGAAAAAGUCAGGAAUCGAUCAUCAUUUUCCACAAAUGUUAUACAUAACACUCCAGGAACUCGAGUGAAUCGAUACAUCAGUCGCUUAAUUGAAGCUCGGCAAACAGAGUCUGAAAUGGCAGAUUUACAUUUUGUUACUUUAACAUACAAACAAAGUGAAAGGGAGAAAAAAUAUCAUCAGCUUCAUGAUGAAUAUUUUACGAGUGCAGUCAUCCUCUCGUUGGUACUCGCUGCCUUAUUUGGCCUUCUGUACCUUCUCAUAAUACCACAGAGCACCGUGGUCCUUGUCCUCCUGGUGUUCUGCAUUUGUUUCCUGGUUGCUUGUAUCAUGUAUCUCCAUGUCACACGAGUGCAGUGUUUUCCAGGAUGCCUGACAAUACAAAUUCGAACUAUUAUCUGCAUCUUCAUAGCUGUCUUGACUUAUGCUGUGGCCCAAGGAUGUGUGGUUGGCUGUAUGCCUUGGGUAUGGACUACCAACUCCAGCACCUCUAUUGUUAUUGUUGCUCCUGAUGGAUUCAAUAAAACAAUGAAUGAAUUGCCCUGUGAUGCAGCUCAUUACGCUUUUCUUGCAUGUGUUGUCGGAACACUGAGUCUUGCAAUAUUCCUUCGUGUAUCUUCAUUACCAAAAAUGAUCCUCUUGCUCAUCGUCACUAUUUUAUACAUAGUAGUUUUUGAAAUUAGUGGAUACAGAAGAGCGAUGGGAGGCAGCUCAUUUUACAUACGAGGAUAUGAAUCUGUUUUGGCAAUCCUGCUUUUCGCUUGUGCUCUUGGACUUCACUCUAGACAAUUAGACCUAAAGUUGCGAUUAGACUACCUCUGGGCAAUGCAGGCAGAAGAAGAGAGAGAUGAUAUGGAAAGAGUAAAGCUUGAUAACAAACGGAUUCUCUUUAAUUUACUGCCAGCACAUGUCGCACAACAUUUUCUGUUGUCCAAUCCUCGGAAUAUGGAUCUCUACUACCAGUCAUAUUCACAAGUGGGUGUGAUGUUUGCCUCAAUUCCCAAUUUUAAUGACUUUUAUAUUGAACUAGACGGUAAUAACAUGGGAGUUGAAUGUUUACGCCUUUUGAAUGAAAUAAUAGCUGACUUCGAUGAGCUAAUGGACAAAGAUUGCUACAAGGACAUAGAGAAAAUCAAAACAAUUGGCAGCACUUACAUGGGAGCAGUUGGGCUUGUACCUACAACUGGAACCAAGGCAAAAAGAUCAAUAUAUUCCCAUUUGAGUACUCUGGCAGAAUUUGCAAUAGAAAUGUUUGAUGUUCUAGAUGAAAUCAACUAUCAGUCAUACAAUGACUUUGUCUUGAGAGUUGGAAUAAAUGUUGGACCUGUGGUGGCGGGUGUGAUUGGAGCAAGAAGACCACAGUACGACAUAUGGGGAAACACUGUAAAUGUUGCCAGCAGAAUGGAUAGCACAGGCGUUCAAGGCAAAAUACAAGUAACAGAAGAUGUGCAUCGCAUACUCAACAAGUGUAACUUUGAGUUUGUCUGUCGUGGCAAAGUCAGUGUUAAAGGAAAAGGAGAAAUGCUGACGUAUUUCCUUGAAGGAAAAGUGAAUACCAAUCCACAAGCAAGCUCAACAAAUUUAGGGAGGAAAACAUUCUCACAUGGAAGAGCAAAACUAGGGACCAGCUGUCCCUCAGUGUCAUCAGUGGCCAGUUUCACAGUAAAGGCAGGACUUGGAACACUUCACGCUGCUACAAUGCAAACAAAUCAACCUGUGCAUUGUAUUCCACCCAUACCUGUUGUUGAAGAAGCAUAAUGAAUGUUGGCACAAAAAUGAAGUCUGCCUUUUGAGCUGUUCAAUGAGAGAAGAUCAGUUAAUAUUGACAGCAUGCACUGAUCAUUCAAGAAGAUUCAGACGUUUGGAA